AUGCCAUUAGUACUUGUUGAAGGACAUGUAAGGUAUGAACGAAUGCUUAUUAAUGAUUGGCUUCUCUUCCUCAACAAUGAUCAGAUUAAUCUCAAAAUUGGUUGUUACAAACGAGGGAAAGGCCGUUUAAAUUUUUCUGAAAUCAAUGAAUAUCCUUUCCUAAUUGAAAAACAAGAAGAAAUCUGUUGUGGAUUUUUGUUGAAAGGAGAAGAAUUGGAGGUCACUUGGAGUAUUAGCGGCACCAAGUUUGAUGUGAUGUGUGUGUGUGUCGUACGUUGUGGACAAAAGGGGAGAGUUGAUACUUUACUUGUAAAGGGUAAGGUCACAAAAACGAUACGAUACUGCUGA